AAGGUUUUCUUGGAUAUAGCUCACCGUAGGGGGAAUGGAAGGCGAGCGGGGCGGAGAAGUGAGGAGGGAAACCCUAGCCGGCUUCGACUGUAGACAUUAAGAGGUCGGUAUCUCUCAAGCAGUACGUUAAUUUUCGCGCGUAAAAGGGGAUCGGAGAGAUCGGAAGGGGGUUGUGAUGCGGGGAUCGUAAAAAGGUUCUUCCUUUUCUCUUGUAUUCGGUAGAUCGAUGUGCGUUCGGUGCUAAUUCAUAACUUGUUUAUGGAGGUAGUCCUGAGAUUAUUCUGAUCACUGGUGCCGUUGAGAUCUGUAGCGAAUUGAAGGAAGGGAGAGAGGGACGGAGGGGAAAUGAUUUGUUUCUGACAUUCGUGUUUCAUUUCUAUGUUUUCCUGCUUCUCUAUAUUCGUUUUUUUGGUUGCCAAAAAAAAGUUUUUUUGAAGGAAUUUGAUGAUUUUUUUGUGGAGUAAUCUGGUUGUUUCUCCUAAUCUACCCCUUUUUCUUUUCUUCUGCUGGCAAAAAGAAAAUCGCCUUCUGUUUUCAACACCUUGGUUUCAGUUUCUGGACUUUCAAAAUUUGCUAAUAUUAUUCUUUAUUUGACCUUUUAUUAAAAAAAAUGGAACUUGUAAAUUGUGUUUUUUCCUGAAAUCUCGUGUCAAUUGAAUUUUGUAUGCAGUCUAUUUCCUGUUAUUGUAGUUGUGUUGGAUAUCAGAUAAGGUAUUUUUGAUUUUGAAGGAAAUAGGUCACUAACUAAUAUAGGGCGCUUAACAAAAUGGAUUUUGGAUCGAAUAUUUAGACAAGAUAAUUUGUUUCUUUUCUAAUUUGUCCUUUUGUCAUCUGAAGCUGUUUUCCUCACCUCCUAAAUAGGUUUACUAAUGUUCUGCAUUAACAAAAAAAGAAAGAAAGCAUGCUUUUACUUUGAAUACAUGGUGGAUGAUUUUGUCCCGUCGCUUUUCUGUUUGCCCUUUUUGUUUGUAUUGUUUUGAAACGUUUUUCAUUUAUUGUCUCAUCGGAUGCUGAUUCCAUAUUGGGUCAAAAAUUAUAUGUGCUCUGGGUUGCUACUUAUUUUUGAGAUUUGGGGUGUAGGAGUGCCUAAUGGUGGAGGAGGAUGUUUUGUAACAGAUUUUCUUUUUUUUUUACCUUUUAUUUUUUAUAGUUAAUGGGUCCGUUUAACUGACCGAAGUAAGGUGGUUGAAGCAAUGGGGUUAAAAGUUAAUGGGGUCGUGGGGAAAGGUAUAGUAAUGUGGAGUGGAGAAUUUGGUAAAUUUAUUUGGUGCAGCCUGUGUUGUAGUGUUGGAAUCGGGGUUGUUUCUUUUUUGGAAGGAAAGAAUUGGUGGUUUGAUUUGGACUCAUGGAGGUGGCUUUGGAUGUCUGGUUUUGUUGUGGACAGGGAGGAAGGUGUUGGUGGUGGUUGUAGUGGUGGUGGUGUUGGUCGUUUUGUUGGUGGUAGUGCAGAUUGGUGGCAGCUGGUUGUGUUAAGGAUAAAGACUGAAGAUGAGUCAAAGCAGUCGCAGCCCUCCAAGAGACCGCAGGAUCCGCACUGAACGAUCCUCAUAUCGUGAUGCUCCAUACAGGAGGGACAUUCGCCGAGGUUCCAGGCGUCUUGAUCUGUGCAAGAAUUGCAAGCGACCUGGACACUAUGCUAGGGAAUGCCCAAAUGUGGCUGUCUGCAAUAAUUGUGGCCUACCGGGGCACAUAGCGGCAGAAUGCACUACAAAGGCCCUCUGUUGGAACUGCAAAGAGCCUGGCCAUACAGCAAGCAAGUGCCCGAAUGAGGGUAUUUGCCAUACCUGUGGCAAGGUUGGCCAUCUUGCGAGGGACUGUACUGCUCCCCAGCUGCCACCGGGUGAUUUAAGACUCUGCAACAAUUGCUACAAGCAAGGACACAUUGCUGCUGAUUGCACCAACGAGAAGGCCUGCAACAACUGCAGGAAGACGGGGCACCUGGCUCGUGACUGCCAAAAUGAGCCUGUGUGCAACCUGUGUAAUGUUGCUGGGCAUGUGGCCAGGCAAUGUCCAAAGGCAGAGGUUAUCGGCGAAAGGAGUGGUGGGCUUCGUGGUGGAUACCGGGAUGUGGUAUGCCGGAAUUGUAACCAAUUCGGCCACAUGAGCAGGGACUGCAUGGGGCCACUGGUAAUCUGCCACAACUGUGGUGGAAGGGGUCACUGGGCAUACGAGUGUCCUUCUGGGAGGUUCCUGGACCGUGGCCCCGAAGGUACUGAAUGAUUGGUGGCGGCCUCAACGUGAUGCUCUGCAGCCGAAUAUCUGAGCUCUGGACCAAAUUUUAGAUGAACUGCAUUUUGAGUUUAUUUGCGUGGUUAUAUCUUGAUUAUUGGACAGGAUUUGGAUUUAGUGGAGUCAUCUUUAUAGGCCUGUAACAGUUAAUAAUUAAACUUUAUGGUGGAGUCUCAUGUCCUGUGAUUGUGACUAAUUUUUCACGUAAGCAUGGUUUGGCUAUCAUUUGGAUUGUU